GUAAAAUAGAAAGCGGACUGAAAUCGCCGAGAAAACCACUUGUUCGAGGCGUCGGAGUUGAUUCCGGCAACCUUCAUCGGACGUGCCGGAAAAAAAUAUCUUUUAUCGUUAAAACUGAAAUAUAUUUACGAAAAAUAGUUUUCUUACGACCUGCCAAGAAAUACUUGUAUUUUUUUCCUCGCAUGUGAGUCACCAUUCAUUCAUCGUUCGAACAUUCUGUCAACUAUUGAUUCUAAAGAGCAUAGAAGACUGUUUUGUUGGAGACAGCGAAGCAGACCUUUAAUGAACUUGCAUCAAAUAGCAAAAAGAAAUGAUUGCCAAGAAGAGUAGCAUCGGGUCAACUUCUACCCCUAAAGCGAAGCCGUCAACUACAUCUUCAUGGCCUCUGCCAAGUUUACGACUGGUGAUAGUGUGUGUUUCGCUGGCAGUAACACUCACCAUGUCAGCGAUGAUUAUUUUCGUAGAUGUCCGCGCACCGACGUUGGCUGAUAUUUUUCUGUCUACUAUGUAUUUUCCUCUAGGUCAAGGAUUGCAGCUUAAAGCUCGGCGCUGGUCAAAUAACAAGACUGAGUGCUCGCAAUUUUUUAAGUCGAGAGACGAAAAUUUCAGGCGAUUUGACGGGUUACAGUGCGGUCAUGCAUUUUGGUUGAGUACUGCGAAUAUAGAAGAAAAGGACCGCUACGUGAAAAAGAUUGCGACUCAUUAUAAACUGUUCGAGAGGGAGUCGCUGGCUAGCAAGUAUUUCACCGAAUAUUGGCACGAAAAAUCCAAGGAUCCGUUACCAACAAGUUUUUAUAAUGAGGAAACUGAGAACGCUCCUAGGGCUGGCAAUGAAUUUCGCGCUUUUCGCUGGGAUCCCCUUGUUCCACUGCCAGCAGAGUUUUCAUCGACUACAGGAGAUAACCCUUGGAUCCAUCGGGCCAUGGCUACAUCUCGUCACAUAAUUUAUAUUUUCAGGUGAGAUACAUAAGGUUAGAACUUUAAAGGUCUCAAGGGAAUCAUUAGAUGCAAAAGGCGUCUGUAUUUAUGACAAUCACAAGGGACUGGUUCGGUUUGAUGCAUACUUUGUUGUACAAUCGGAGGGUAAGUCGUUCGUUCAAAUGUAUUUUAAUUCCCCGGAUAAGUGCUUGCGGCAAUUUCAACUUUUAAAAAACUUUUGAUGCCUGUGCAAUAUUAAAACCAUAUGGACUAAGUCUAUUAGUUUUUUGCUCUCUCGGUGCCUUUUUGUAUCUGAGUUUUUGUCAUUCUACAUACCCCAUUAUACACUUAUAGAUUUCGUAAGUCUACGGUUGCAGUAGUGGCUUUUAGGCUAGCAGUUAAAAAAAUCAUUCAAAAAAAAAAUACUGUAUUAAAAAACAACAAAAAAAAGUUCGACAGCAUUUAAAUGUGGAACUUCGGAGCAGAGGCAGUAUGUUCAUAUCGUACUUAAACUCUACUGAUUCAAUAUCCGGUAGUUUUUGACAAUUUUAUACUUUAUUGUCGGUUGGCAUGCGUUUUGAACAAAGAGCCGUCAAAUUGCUCGAAUUUUGGACAUUGUCUCUAAUUGAACGGUUCAGAAUUGCUAAGUUGUCAAGAAACCACUUAAAAUGUUGUUUAAAGAUCGCUUUUUUGACACGAAUUUUGAGGAAUAGGUAUUAAAUGUUAAACUGCGCUGAAAAUAAUUACCUUUGUUUUGUUUAUACUGUUAGUGCUCACUUUGCUCUUCAUUAAAUGAGGCAAGGUUUUAAAAACACUUUUUACUUGAAACUGAAAUAUCUCUGUCAAUAAAUAAGAAACACUAUGCAAUUUUUACUGAACUUUUUUUAACAAAACCAUUAAGAUUAAUAUUACCUUUAAGGAGAUAUUAGAGGACUAACCCUAACUCAUCUUAGAGGAAGAGAGCAGGACCUUGUUUCGAUCUUUUCAAUUUGGGGGUGGUUGCCAGUAAGUCGGUAUUUAUAUUUCCGCACAACAUAUGCCAGCUUAAUUGAUUGGGAUAAUUAAAAAAAACAAACGAUAUUUCUGCAAAUUAAACCAAAAUGAGAAUACUCACACUAUGUCUUGGCGAAACUUAUUAUUUCUGCGAAAACAUUUUCAGGUUUGUGUCAAGUUAUCAACUGUUCUUUAAAAGUUUUACAGCGAUAUCAAAUCUAAACAUCAUUUUAGUAGUACCUAAUAGCACAAAUAUCCCCAAAGAACGUACCCUGUCAGCUGCAAAAGCGAUCUAAUCUUUCGUUGCUGUUGACUGAAAUAUGGGUUGCGAUAUGCGAUUCCCCGAAACCACGAGUCAUUUAAUUUGUUUCUUAGUUCUCAAUUUGUUUUUUUCUUGUUAAAAUAUUUUUUUCGUGGUAGUGCAACCAAAAGUAGGGCAUGUAAAUUAGCGCCGCAGCGAAUUAACAUUUCCAUUGCUUUGUUCAAACUGGUGAUAUAUCGUUUGACAUACACAAGGUUUCUCAGUACCAGGCAAAUAAGAGUUAUUAAAAAACCAGAGCGCAAAGAGGGUAACUGCAAUUAAAGGAAACUUUCUUCAUAUUAAAAUAGGUGACUAUGCCAAUAAACUGGCUUUCACAAUACCGUCCGAUUUUCUAUAAAAAAAACCAAACAUUUUGACUUAUUCAAUUAAGAGAAAGCAAAUAAAAAGGAAGGAACUGAUUGUUAUGUUGGGUAGAAAAUGCACAUAAUCAGGACCUCUCUUAUAAGUCAGUCUUGUUCCUACUUUUUAAUCCAUUAACCUUCAUUUACAGCUUGCACACCUUAUUAAUUUUUAAACGGAAAUUAACUUAUUCUCUUGUAUUAAAACUGAAACAACUUUCAAUAAGACAACCCAUCAAAAUACGUAAUAUUUGAAAUCUAGGAGGCGUUAAUGACAAGCAAUAAUAUUCAACGCCCCCACGCCCUUCGAAUAUUUAGAGACACUUUGUCGAUAACAUAAAGAGCAAAAAACUAGCAAAUGAAUAAAUAAGUAAAAAUAAUAAUGAUGAUGAUGAUAAUGAUGAUGAUGAUGAUCACAUUAAUAAUAGCACUUACAUUACUUUAUAACAUUUGAACAUGAUCAAUGAAAUUUAUCAUAAGAUGACCAACUAAUACUGAAUGAAAUAAUAUUGAAUGGAAUCAGGGAAGAAAUGAACACCAGAAUGCAAAUUUUCCACGUUCUUCGCUCAAGCAAAGAAUCAGUUAAUCAAAAUCAUUCAGGCAGUCAAAUGAUAAAUGAAUAAAUAAAUAAUCAGAUAAAGAAAUGAGUCAGCCAGUCAGUUUAUCAAUUAGUCGAUUAAUUAAUCAGUCAGUCAAGCAGCAAUCAAUCAGUAAGGAAGUCAGUUAAUUAAUACAUAUGUUUAAGUAUUGUUUAAGUUGUUUUUAAAAAUAUACUUUUCCCACUUUUAAAGUUGCUGUCAGUAAAGCAGGGCAUAUAAAAGUAAGAUACCAGUCGGUCUGGUCUUCUUGUCAUACCCUUUAACCCAAUAUUUUACCCCAACGGUCGCUAUAGCUGUCACCUUAGGAGUAAUCAAACAUAUUGCUGGGGUAGUUAUAUCUCAACAUGUUUCCUUGACAGAAAAGUUUUAAUGCUAUCUUUUGUAUUCCAGGCAACGUCGUGUUUUUGCCCGCCUAUUAGUACAGGGGUUUAAUAACAGUAAAGACCCCAGACUUGGGGUAGAGUUUGCUGGAAGGUGAGACAAAAAUCUUUGCUCUAUCAUUUUUACGAAGCCGAUUUCAUAUCUGAAGUCUCAAAGUGUCCCUUAAUAACUUAAGUGUUUGAAACAUAAAAUUUUGGAUCAAUGAGUCCUCGACUGUCCGCCAUUGUAGUAUUCUUAAAGUAACAACGGUGAAAUACUUUUAAAAGCGCAAAGGUUCUCUUGGCUUUCUGCAGAAAGUAUGUCCAAAUUACAUGCCAUAACGUUCCCUGAAAAUGCAUUUGAUACAAGGCUGAUGUCAACGUAUUAUGCCAACAUAGCUUUUAGAACCGUAUCAUCUCAUCCCAGUAUUUAACUACUACUAAGAGAUAACGUAAGUGUUAACGCAAAGUGAUUAAGUAAAAAUCCAGAUAAAAAGGAAAGAACCAAACACAAUGAACACGUCGGAAUGUAAAAAGGUACUACUGUACUAUUGUCUCUACUAAACUUCUGAUUGGUUUAAACAUCAGAUUUUCCCAAGCAGCAUGUAUAUUAAUCCCUUGUUUUCUAACCAACUUCCUAAUAACAAAAUCUCGUCCAAGUAACACAGAAAUCCUACGUGAGGAGCAUGUAAAACUGUAAAUUUUUCUUGGCUGUUGUUUGCAACUCUUAUGAUUGGUCGGAAUCUUUUAACACGCACAAAAAAAAUACUCGUUUAUUUCGUAAACAACCUAGGUUUACUACGUAGGCUUAUGCAUUCUCUGUGUGAAAAUGAAAACAAUCCUAUGUGAGGAAAGCGCAUUGCGCCCCGCGUAACAAAAGAAACUGUUCAGGGUCUUUCCCGUAUCAUGAAUUAAAAUCACCUAAGUGAUAACGUUCGUUUCUUUAUGCUGCGUUUUAUAUCAGGCUUUCGUCUCUUAUGUUAAACUAUUACGUCAAAGUAGCUUAACUGUAUCAUCCUAUCGCAGUAUCUUACUAUUACAAAAUUAAUAGGGAAAAAAGGAUAACCUACGAGGUGAUUAUUUGGUUAGACAAAACAAAGCAAAACAAAUGAAUCACUAUUGAGAGCUAGUAUAAUAAUCUUGCUGAUGAUGUUUGUUACAAUGUUUAAAAUAAAACCUAUAGUCACCUUGUUCUUUCUCAGGUUGGCAGGUGUUAUGGCAGAGCUGAUAGAAGAGAAUGAGCCCACCCCCUUGCGGAAGUUUUUACUGAAUGUACAGUGGGGUAUACGCUACAUUAUACGAGCCACACCCCUUCUAUGCGCGCAUAAAUGUUAGUAUUUACAUUCACUCGAGUUAUAAUUUCAUUUACAAAUUAAAGUUCAAAAUAAAUUAAUGUAUCCCUAGCCGGAAUCCGAAGUGUACAUAAAUGUACUAAUAAAAUCACUAUUUAUAACACCCUGUUUAGAAUGAUAAAAAUUACAAAAAAAUCCUUAAAUACGAGUCUAUCGUUUUUAGGAGACUAGGCGUAUAAAGGAUCACUGCCUGGCUAAAAAUAUAUAUUUAUAGGGUCUAUUUUUAAUUACACUGUACAGUCAAUGUUUGCUCCUAUGGAGAAAGCUAUGUAAGACCGAGUUAUGAAGAGCAACAAAUAAACGUAAGUUCUUUAUUUCAUUGAUAAUUAUGUCUUUUGAUUACAGUGUCCACUGCUCUGUCUAUUUUGUCACAUUGGACCAGUGAGCUUCUAAACUGCACUUGGUCCUCACUGCGCAUGUCAUUAACUUCCCAGUUGUUUGCCUGCUGGAGGCAUUUGAAUGGUAAGCAUACUUACGUCAGAUACAGUACAUGCUUUACGCAUUUCUCAUCGAGUCAGUGGCUGAUUGCCUAAAACGGGCUGGCCAAGUUUGCCGAUGUUACCGACUUUUUAUCGCGAUAAUUAAAACAUGAAGACAGCCAGCCCUGACCGGAGCCACCAUAUGUUUGCCCACAGAUUGUGUGUUACCUGCUGUUGUUUUGCUGGUUUGGUUCUCCAAGCUGGCCUGGUAACUGAGCAUGAUUACAAUCUCAGCCCGGUUAGACUGGAUACCGGCAUCACGAUACUCAGGGAUUUAACCGGGUCUUGGCUCAGCCAAAGUUGAUGUUUGUAAUAUUUGCUUUUAAAAAUAACGUGACGAGAUCUCGACAAACAGCAAACCGGCCCAGCCCGGCUCAUGUAAUCAGUCCCUUAUAAUGCACACGAUAUAACUAUUCUUGGUCAGCACAAUCAAGCGAAAAGAGAACCAUCCGCUUAUGGCUCAGUCAUGUUUUUCCAAGCUUUUCCUUUGCAUUUUGAAAUUCUUGCUUUUCCAUACUUAUUAAUACACCAUAUUAAUAAUUUUUCUAGGAUCAAGUCUGGGAGACCUGCACUUCUUUGGUGUAGCAAUGUUGCUCUUAUUUCUUCAUAAACUACACAUGGUUCUUACGGUAAGAACAUCUCAGUUUUAAAUAUUGAGAGACCAAAUAAAGGUGGCUCUUUUUAAUGUUUAAGCUUUUAUUGGUAGCAUUCGAAAAAAGAAGCUUCUUUAUUAAUUUGAAAACGUAUUUGACUGGAAAGAGGCAUCUCUUUUUCAAAGGUUGUUUCCUUUUGUUUAAUUUUCAGCCAUAUGAUCAGAUGGACUUUUCUCAAGUGAGGUGUCAGAGUAUGUUGAUGUCCGCCAUCGAACGUGCUCGAAGACAAAACUUACUCAAUCAGGAUUUGUUCUUACAGCCAAGCUAAUUUAUUCUUUAACAGAAGUAAAAAUGUCUUUGAUACCUGAAAAGAGAGG